AUGAUCAACACCGCAAUUAAGCGCAGCAACUCCAGUGCGUCCGAGCGUCCGGCACUCGCACACAGCGAACAGAAGAUGUCGGAACCCCCACCAAUCCCAGAGCGGCCUAAGGUGCCGAUCAGACCGAAGAAGCGGCUGACCGCCUCGAGCCUCGAGUCGGCUGCAAGAUCGUCGCCUCUCCCUGAAGAGGCCACGAACGCGGGCGCCGCGUCCGACGCACCCGACGCGGAAGCGCAAGAAGGAAGACAUGCAGAUGGCCAUGCCCUCGGAGCAGGCAUCCCAGCGCCCCACGAGUGCGUUGAGCAUGCAGGCGAAGAGACGAUUGCAUGCAGGGUGCCGGAUGAGUCCGCCCACAAACAUAGGGGAGCCGCAGGCGCUACCACGAACGAUGCGCUGUCGCUGGAGCAGGAAGGUGCGAGAGCGGGCCUCGUCCCUCAGAGGGAGGGUGUGCCUCGGAACGGUGACGAAUUGACGGAGCAGGCCACUUCACCACGCAACGUCCCGGAAGCUGCCGCUGCAGAUGAAGAAAACAGCGUUUCCGCACAUAAGCCGCUGCCGCAGGCGACCGGCGAGACGUCGGAGCAGCCUGCAUCUGCUGCUGGCGCUCUGAUGAACGCGGAAGAUGAGACACCCGCGGCGCAUUCGCAGGGCGCUGCCCGUGCAGUGUCGCCUGACCUCGCCGGGGCAUCGAGCUCCCUUGGCGGGAGCCCUGGCCGCAGCAAGGGUAAGCCGCUGGUGCCCAAGAAGCCAUCCUCGAAGAUUGCGGCCUUUCAAGAGAUGCUGCAGCGGCAGCAGACGGAAAUCUAUGGUUCAAAAGUGCACGACGAGCAUCACAGCGUCCUCACUCCGGCCAAACUGGGCGGAAGUCGGGCUAACUUCACGCAGAACCUAAACAAUCUGUUUGCUAUGCCUGGCAUCGCGCCUGGUGGGCAGCUACCGCCGCUGUCACGGAAACUGACGUCGGCGUCGGAAAGCACCGGGGGCUCUAGGUCUCCCACUGGGAGUCCUGUCCACCGCUCGGUCUCGCCUCCGCGCCACUCGGCGUCUCCGCCGCGGUGUUCCUUGUCCCCGCCGCGCCGUUCCCAAUCUCCGCCGAAGUCGACAGUGCCGGCGCCGUUGCCCACUUCAAACACCCGUGUCAGGGGCCCCAGCAGGAAGCUACCCUCUGCGUUCAAAGGUGUGGAGAAGGCGAAGCCCGUGUCCACGAACACCAUCACAUCGUUCCCGACAUGGAGCGUCACUUUCACGGCGCGCGCCCCUUCGGAGGAGAUAGCGAGCAACUCCUCGUCGGCCAGCGUUAACUCCGCGUUCUCGGCAAGCGCUGGCACUGCCUUUUCUGCUAGCGCCGGCACUGCCUUUUCCGCAAGCGCCGGGACCGCCUUUUCUGCUGGUGCGCGCUCUGCCUCGUCAGUCAGCCCCACCGCUGUCUCCUCGGCCGGUUCCAGCCACGACGCCUCCUCGGAGAUCUGUCUCUCGUCGGCCGCAGAUGCUUCCUCCGCGGCAGGUCCCUCCGCUGUGCAUGCAUCGCGCUUGGACGUCUCGCGCGAAAGCACCAGCGAGUAUUCUAUUGGCGACUACGCCCAAGACGGCGACACUGACGAUCGCUGGCGACAACGCCUGCUUCAGAAAUAUCAGACAUCUAGCUCUAUGGGCAAUAAUACAACCUCGCAGCUUGACAGUGCACCAGCGUCUCCUAACAACGGUUCUUCUACUAAUGAUUUCAUGGACUACAUCACCAAGGAUUUAUGA